GCAUCUUGAAGGAAAGGCAACAUUAAAAAAAAUACAUUCGUUAUAUUUUUGUUGCGAUUGCAUUUUAAAACAGAUUUGGUUUUGCGCGCGCGUUUUUAAACCCUGGCCAGAAAACUCUGGCUAUUGGGCAGCGCCGAAAUAUUAUAAAUGAACGAGUGGAAAAUGUGAUUAGAGGCAUCUCUGAGCUGAGAACCCAGCUGGUACAGUCCAUUCGCCUCUCUGCUUCCACCCCCUUUCUCCUCGUUGGACUCCACCCCGGGCCCUGCUUGAGAGCACCAGAAGGCAGCCGUGCGGCGUCCAGCAGCACCGCGGCCGGUCCCCCCCGCCGCCAGGAGGCGCUGUCCGGCGCUGCCGCUUCUCUAUGGCCGCCGCAGCCUCCGCCACAUGCUCCAGGCCCUCGGAAGAUCUCGCGCGCCUUGGACGUUCCAUUCCACCCACGUGAGCCGAAUGUAACAAGGAAAGAAAAAAAGAGAAAGAAAAAAGGUUACAUUGUAGCGAGGAGGGAGCGGCGCGCGCGGGCCAGCGGCCGAGCGAGCGCGGAGGAGACGCGGGGGAGGGAGCACGGCGGCGCGACACGGCGCGGCUGCACGUGUGAACGGCGCGGGAGGCUUCGUGCGCAGCUGUUCCUGUUCUUCCCCUUCCCCUCUACAAACACACGCCGCUUGUCUUUCUGGAUCCGGAUCAAGCGAAUCCGGAUCCGGCCGCUGGCUCCAUCCUGUGUGUGCCACCCUCCGCUAGCUUGGCGCGCCGGGGCCGGUUGGCCUUCUCCGAACGGGCCGGCCGAGCCCAGACCAGCCCAUGGCCGGCGGAGGGUGGACGCUGCCAGGCGGGGAUUUCUUGUCCCCGCAGCCGCCGCCUUCCUCCCAGCCGGAGCCGCCGCCGCCGCCGCCGCCUGCCGUGCCCGCGACGGAGCCCGACCUGGAGCCCUGGCGCGAGAAGCAGGAGAGCGACCGGCACUGGGCGCUGCGCAAGCAGUUCCUGCUCCGCAACUUGCCGGGCUACUCGGGCCACGCCGCCGCCUUCCAGAAGCUCCUCGCGCUUUCGCACGCCUGGUCCAACCAUGUCUUCAUGGGAUGCAGGUAUGGCUCUCAGGUUAUGGAGAAAAUCCUGCCAAUGUCCGAGGGGAUCGAUGUGGGUGCAAUGCCAUCCUAUGAGCUGGUCCCCGGUGCCAAGGCGACAAAGAGGCCACGCUCCCCGCUGGAUGACGCUGCCCACGGUCUGGAAGCUCCAAGGAAGCAGCCUCCCAAAUUCCGUGUCAGACCUCGUUUUGAACCCAUACACUUCGUAGCCAGCAAUACGCGAGACGGAGAAAAGGAACCGGCUGCAGAAAACCAAGCACAGGAUGCCAGUGAGAACAUCACAACCCAGCAGAUCCAAAACUAUGCUGACCGGGUUUUCAGCAGCUUCAGUACACAGGAUGGAGACGCCCAGUUUUCCAGCUCGGUGGGCUUAGGCUAUGGAAGCAGCCAGAGCAACCAGACAGAGGCCAAGGGGGUUUCCAAAACCAAAGACACGCCUGCCAGUGGGGUUGCCCCGGUUUCUGGGGCACCUUCUCUUGUCCAAACAGCCUCUGAAACAUUUCCCAAGUCUGUUAUCACAGCCAAGCAGUGUUUCAUUAACAAACUUGUAGCGGCCCUCCGCAAGAAUCUUGCCACCCCAGAUGCUAGUGGUGGGACUGACAAGAUCAACUACACUUACCUGUUGACCCGGUCCAUUCAGGCUUGCAAGACCAACCCCGAGUAUAUUUAUUCUCCCUUGAAAGAGAUUUCCCCGGGCGACCUCCCCAAGAACAAGAAGCUACUCAAAGAAGGCUUUGCUUGUGAGGUGCGAUGCCAGAAUGUGUAUUUGACCACAGGUUAUGCUGGCAGCAAAAACGGCUCCCGGGACCGAGCGACAGAGCUGGCGGUGAUGCUGUUGCAGAAGCCUGUGGAAGUAAAAGUGGCAAAGAGGAAAUUUAAGAACACUACUCGGGAGGAUUUAGUGCUGUGCGAGAGCGGCACAUCUCCAACCGAAUUCCCACCAGCACUCAAGCAGCUUGACGAUUUUAUCGCUGCCAUGAAAGAAUGCUUGCCCGGGCAGCCGAACUCGGACCCACUGCAAGGCCCCAGCUCUGCAAAGCACUGGACGAACUUUGUCCUGACGGAAAACGCGAACGACGCCAUUGGGAUUCUAAACAACUCUGCCUCCUUCAACAAAAUGACCGUAGAGUAUAAAUACGUCCUGAUGCCAAACCGCCUGUGGCGCUGCAGUGUCUACUUGCAGGAUCACUUCUUAGCCGAAGGCUACGGCACCAAGAAAACCAGCAAGCACGCCGCUGCAGAUGAGGCACUGAAGAUCCUGCAGAAGACCCAGUCCAAUGCUGGAGCCACCAAAGCGGUUCAAGUUCAGAAAGUGGGCAACACUGCCCGAGACCCCACUAAGAAGAAGGACUUGAAGGAUCUUGUUGUGUAUGAGAACUCGAUGAAUCCCGUGUGCACGCUGAAUGACACGGCUCAGUUCAACAAGAUGACCGUGGAGUAUGUCUUCGAAAGGAUGACCGGGAUGCGGUGGAAGUGUAAGGUGAUGCUGGAGAAUGAAUUAAUUGCGGAAGCCAUUGGGGUGAAGAAGACGGUCAAGCAUGUGGCGGCUGAGGAGGCGGUCAAAGUCUUAAAGAAGACCCAGCCGACAGUUGUCAACAACCUGAAGAAAGGCACCAUCGAAGAUGUCAUUUCGAGGAAUGAGAUCUGCGGGCGUUCAGCUGAAGAGGCACUGAAACAGCAGAUCAAAGAAGACAACAUCGGGAACCAGAUUUUAAGGAAAAUGGGCUGGACGGGGGGUGGUUUGGGCAAAAGUGGCGAAGGCAUCCGGGAGCCAAUUGCAGUGAAGGAGCAGUUCAAAAGGGAAGGCCUAGGACUUGAUGUUGAAAGAGGGUCAAAAAUCACAAAGAAAGAUAUUGAGCAGAUCAUCCAGAACUAUGCUUUCUCGGACAGUAAAAUUGACCUAACUUUCUCCACAGAACUCACCAAUGAUGAGCGCAAACAGAUACAUCAGAUUGCUCAAAAGUAUGGGCUUAAGAGCAAAUCCCACGGCCAAGGUCGUGAUAGAUAUCUGGUGGUUAGCCGAAAGAGGCGCAAAGAGGACUUGUUAGACCAGCUAAAGCAAGAUGGCCAAGUUGGCCAUUAUGAACUCAUUAUGCCCCAGGAGAAGUAAGGUGUGUGUGUCAUUUCGUUGGAAGAUGCUCAAACUGAGGCUGAAGUCCCCAUUAAACAGAGCAAAGGCUGCAUAUUGUGGUGGGAAAGGAUUUAAAAACGUUUUUCUUGCUCAUUUAAUUUCUAAAACUUUAUUAGCAAAAAGUUUAGAAGUUUUAAAAGCAGAGUUCUGUCCAACAUAUGUAGUGCAGUCUGGAUAACAUUAGUGCAGGUUACCCUGUUUUAUGAAAUAUCUUUCCUUCACAUUUUACUAGUUUUGUAAUAGCAAGAAACAUAUCCACCCUGGGGGAAAUUCCACACAGUUUUAUUAUAAGGAUGUUUCCCUUGUCCUUUUAUUUUGCUUUUUUUUAAAGUUGAAAAAAAUGAAAGGAGAUGGCAGUAUGAAGAAAACUAUAUGUAAAGUUGGUAUUAAUAAUAAAUAGAUUUUUAUUUCUGGACAUGCAAAGAAUGGCAUGUUUUGUAUUUAAAGUAUGGGUAGAGGGGUAAAAAUGUUUUCAACAUAUUUGAAAUGCACUGUUAGUGUUUGGUGAUUGGUUUAUCCAAGGCUCUGUGUCCUGCAGUUGCACUAUGCAGCCUUGAAGUGGGAGGGGAUCCAGACUUGGCCAACAGAGAAAUUUUUUUAAAUAUCCAAAGGCAAUGUCCAGCCACAGACAGUCACUUUUUCUUAACGGUUCUUACGUAACAGUUAAAAUUCCAGCCUCGGUCCCAUUGGUUUCAGUGCAGUUGUUGUUGUAACAAGGACAGCAUGCUCCCACUGAAACCAGCAGGCCUUAAAACAUACUCACCUGGGGUUGAAUUGCAUCUCAUGCUUAUAGCCCCAAAGACUCAAAACUUGAGACUCAAGUUUGCAGGAAGUACCUUAAGAUGCCAUGUUGUCUGCCGGGAUGUGUGCAUAGGGGGAGGGAUCUGUUCCACCUUUGUAUGAUCAGUUAUGCAAAAUUUUGGCAUGGGCUUUCGUUUUUCUCUAUGUGUGUUGCAAAACAUGCACGAAUCUGGGUUUCACCUUGAUCAGUCAGGCAUCUGCUUUUCAAAACAGAACACAUGAAUAAAUGAAUACCCUUCCAUCGUCUUGACAGUAAGAUUAACUAUGGAAGAGAGUGUUUUCUCAUACCCUGUUGAGCAGUGAAGUAUUUAAGAAACAAAUUCACAUCGGGGUGGGUGAUUACAUUUGCUUAUUUCUAUACGUAGCCUCCGAAUAUGUUUUUUUAUGCUGCUUCUUUUGUGUACUUGUGCUUGUGUAUCUCACAGGGAGAUCAUCGGCAAGUAAAAGGUUCUCUCACUACUGUA